UUUCCUCCCCGUCACCUGGGGUCAAUUACCGCGUCGCUCUCUCUCUCUCAGCCUCAGCUUCAGCCGAGGAGUUGCGCACUGUUGAGAAAACCACCUUUCGAUUAGACCGAGUAACUUUCCAGUUCAUUUGUGCAUAAAGAAUGAAUGAGAGAGUUGGGGAGUAAAGGGGGUUAGGGCUUUAACUUGGGAAUCGAAAUGGAGACGAAUUCUUCGUCAUCCACAUCCCAAACACAAUCCCCAUCCGGAACUCCUCUUGCUAGAACUAGUACUAGUAGUAAUUCAAAUUCAACAACCAGAUUCGGUGGCCUGCUGCUGCCUUCUCUCAGUUUCUUCCAAUCGCCGCUUUCGGUUUUACUCGAAUAUUCCGGUAUUCUUUCGGCAAGGUCAAACCGCGACCACGAUACCGAAACCGAGACUCUCAUCGUCAACACCCCUGAUUCCACCGCCACCACCGGCACUUCCGGCGAGGUUUCUAUUCGCAUAAUUGGUGCCGGAGACAAUGACAGUGAAGAGGUUGGGGUGGCCGAGAGAGUCCCCGCGGUUCCUCCGUCAACUGGGCGCGCCCAGGAGAAUGGGCUGGAAGAUGGCGGCGUCUCUAGCGAUUCUUCUCACCAGAGAUAUGAUAUUCAGCAGGUUGCCCGCUGGGUUGAGCAGAUUCUACCUUUUUCAUUGCUCUUGCUCGUCGUCUUCGUUCGUCAGCACUUGCAAGGUUUUUUUAUCACAAUUUGGAUCUCGGCUGUCAUGUUUAAGUCAAAUGAUGUUGUUCGGAAGCAGACAGCUUUAAAGGGAGAGAGGAAAAUCUCUGUUCUUGUUGGCACCUUUAUUCUCUUUGCGCUGCAUGUGAUAGGUGUUUACUGGUGGUAUCGAAAUGAUGAUCUUUUGUAUCCAUUGGUAAUGCUUCCUCCAAAAGCAAUACCAGCAUUCUGGCAUGCUGUAUUCAUCAUCUUGGUAAAUGAUACGAUGGUGAGGCAGGCAGUGAUGGCUCUCAAGUGCUUACUUCUAGUGUAUUAUAAGAAUGGCCGAGGCCAUAAUUUUCGUAGGCAGGGUCAGAUAUUGACUCUGGUUGAGUAUACACUGCUGCUGUACCGUGCCUUGUUACCUGCGCCUGUCUGGUAUCGAUUUUUCUUGAACAAAGAAUAUGGUAGCCUCUUUUCAUCACUGACUACCGGGCUAUAUUUAACUUUCAAGCUAACAUCUAUUGUUGAGAAGGUCCAAUCCUUCUUUGCUGCCCUAAAGGCAUUAUCACAGAAGGAGGUCCAUUAUGGUUCUCAUGCCACAUCAGAACAGGUAAAUGCAGCUGGAGACCUUUGUGCUAUUUGCCAGGAGAAGAUGCAUGCUCCAAUACUGUUGUGCUGUAAACACAUCUUUUGUGAGGACUGUGUAUCAGAAUGGUUUGAGAGAGAAAGGACUUGCCCUCUAUGCAGGGCGCUGAUUAAACCUGCGGAUCUGCGAACAUUUGGGGAUGGAUCAACAAGUCUGUUUUUCCAGUUGUUCUGAAUUCCAAGUUGUCUGUUCCAUUGCAUAUUUUGAGAGGCGUUCUCUCGGAAGUUUAGUCUUGUUUCUUACAUAGUUAAAUGGUGAAUGUAUUUUGGUUUCCUUAUCCCAUCAUUGGAUUGGUAGAAACUCGGAUGGAAGAAAACUUUCCAAGAUUGCGGAUUCUAUACAUACGAGAAGAUUUACUAACUACACUUGUAUACAUACGCAACAAUCUGUGAUGGGAUAUGUUAUUAUCCUUUAUAAAAAAAUGUUCAUCUC